AUGGAUUAAGUAAGUGUUCUUUGCCAGAAUGAUAAUUGUUUUGAUCAAAUAAUCAAAAGAGUAUGUUAAUAAAAGAGUUGUAAUAAAAACAGACUAAUUUGUGAUAGAUGUUUGAUUGAUCAUAAAACUCAUAUACAAGACUGCUUCUUAAUUUGUGAUAUUCCUUAAUAACUUAAUGUAAUAUAGAAAUAGAAAAAGGAUGCAUAUACAGAUACAGAAACAGCAAUUGAAGGGUUUCUGAAAAAAGUAAGAAAGCAAAUAGAAUAAAAAUUUGCUUUUUAACACUGCCCUAUAUUUUAAAUUUAAUUAUCCCAAAAUAUAUUAGAUUGGACAUCAAAAGAUUUUUAUUAGUUUUCCUAAAGUCUAUCUCAACUGGACUUUCAAUCAAAUUAUUUUGAUAAAGCUUUAAGUGAAAAAAUAAAACAAUUGAAUUCCAUGCAAUUUGAUGGAAAAUCAUUUGAAUAAUUAUUCGUUCCCAAUUAAUCCUAAGCGAGAAAUAAGAUAAUUACAUAAGGCUUGUCAGCCAAAAUUAAUAAAAAUUAUGGAAUGAAUAAUUUUUAACCAUAAAUUUUAAGGGAAAAUGUUUUUAAUACAAUUGAAAUUCGUGAUUAUGAAUUAAUUUCUGGAACUGAUAUUGAAAAAUUGGCAAUUCUUACCCCAAACCUACUUGACUUAGCAAAAGAUUAGAUAAAAUUGACAUUCAAAUAUGAAGGGGAUAUUUUAUAUAAGGAUGGAAAGAGUAAGUUCGGAUUGUACACAGGGAUAUUAAAUAAAUGCAGCUUAUCUGAAGAGGGCAAUGAAGAAAAUUUAAUUCUAAUUAAUGAUUAAGGAUGUUAUGUUUAGAAGGAUAAAUAAUUAAUUGAAUAAGAAGAAGUUGAUUUGUUAUUUCCUGAUAAUGAUAAUAAUUAAUUUAUGCUUGUUUUUAAUAAACAACUAGAUAAUUUAUCAUUAAGCUUAAUAAAUUUAAGAGUAUUUAUUUUUUGUUAAUUUAGAGCAAUAAAAAAGCAGAAAUUUAAAUAAAAAGCUAUUUAUUAUAUGCUUAUUUUUGUUUUAGUUUAUCGUGUUUAGCAAAAGUUCACAUUUUAUGA